ACCGCUGGGGAUCAAUGCAGGAUAGAAAUUAACAUUCGUGGCAUGGCUCUCAAAGGUUUCGUUUUCAAGAGAAUGACAGUAGCAGCUCCUCAUAUCUGUGAUUUCUUAUGUGAAAAGGAAAUUACCUGCCAGAGCUAUAAUUUCAACAGAAAAGAACAGAUCUGUGAAUUAAACAACCGCACAAAGGACGCAAGACCCGAGAAUUUCCAGUCGGAUCUAGCGUGGUUUUAUAUUCGUCGUUUGAACGGAAGAGGUAACUAUUCAGCCAAUAAUGUUGGAUAAUAAUUAUCAAUAUUUUGGUUAUACGCUCGACUUCGCUUACAGUCCUUGUUUUCUGAUCUCCCACGCUCAUCGGUAUUGAUUUUUCUAUCAUUUCUCAAUUCUAAUGAUGAACGAUAUUAGUUCUAUCCCUUUUCUUUGUAGUUGCUUUGUAGUUUCCCACCAAAAGCGUAGCUCCAAGUUCUGCCGAUAGAUACACAACCCACAAUUCCUCCAUUCCCUCUGACGAGGGGCUAGCGCUCGAAACAUCUGUUUUGAAACUCUGAAUAGUGGUCAACUUACGUUAUCAACUCAGUUGAUAGCACCAAAUUACCUUGUUAUACUCUCCCACCGACGCAGCACCACAGUUUCUUUAGAAACUUACCCCCUUUAUUCAGUUUAACUUUUAGUUAACUUCUUCACAGAACAGCUUUGAUGCAUGUGUGAAAUAGUGACAACAAAUUAUUUCUUUCUUUCUUCCUUAAAAUGAUACAAAACGCUUAAGGUCUGGGAAGAAGAUAAAAAAAGCUGGUAGCUCUAAAGGAAGGGUUUAAAAGUGAGGGGUCCCACUUCCUAAGAGAAGGGAGCUUGACAGAGCGUUUAAUUUAACACAUUCGAAGGCGGAAUUUGAGUGAUUGGAAUUAGAUCCUCAUUGUAAUUCUCUUGUGCUUUUCACUCUCGGCUUUCGACUUGCGCACCUACAUAUACUUUAUUUUCAACAUUUUUACCUACAUACCAGCUCCCUUGGGUUCGAUUCCGGAGUUACCAGCACGUUCAUGCCGAGAAAUAACAGCAAGCGAAGGGAAAAAUACUGCAAGCAACAAAUACUGGCUGGAUCCAUCUGGCACAGGAAGUGCAGUUUUGGUUUACUGUGAUAUGAAUUUGGAAGGUAAAUCAUCAUUACGUCACCGUUAGUUUCACUUUCUGUUUGAAUUGUAGAUUCUUUUAAUAGCGUCUCUCUGUUUGUGAGAGCUAAGAAGUGUUUUGCGACAGCUAAGAAGGGUUUUGCGACAACUAACAAGUGUUUUGCAAAACUAACAAGUGUUUUGCGAAACUGACAAGUGUUUUGCGAAACUAACAAGUGCUUUGCAACAACUAAAGAGUUUGGCGACAAUUUGAAUCUUCUUCUACAUGUUAUGCAAGACUAUUUUUCUUAUAAAUUAAUGUGUGGGUUUUUAUAACUGUGCGAAAACUAAGAACUAAGAAGUGUUUUGCGACAACUAGGAAGUGUUUUGCGACACCUAAGAAGUGUUUUGUGACAACUAAGAAGUGUUUUGUGACAACUAAGAAGUGUUUUGUGACAACUAAGAAGUGUUUUGCGACAACUAAGAGGUGUUUUAUGACAACUAAGAAAUGUUUUGCGACAACUAAGAAGUGUUUUGUGACAACUAAGAAGUGUUUCGCGACAAUUAGGAAGUGUUUUGUGACAACUAAGAAGUAUUUUGUGACAACUAAGAAGUGUUUUGUGACAACUAAGAAGUGUUUUGUGACAACUAAGAAAUGUUUUGUGACAACUAAGAAAUGUUUUGCGAAAACUAAGAAGUGUUUUGCGAAAACUGAGAAGUGUUUUGCGAAAACUGAGAAGUGUUUUGCAAAAACUGAGAAGUGUUUUGCGAAAACUGAGAAGUGUUUUGUGACAACUAAGAAGUGUUUUGUGACAACUAAGAAGUGUUUUGCGACAAAGAAGUGUUUUGCGACGAAGAAGUGUUUCGCGAAAACUAAGAAGUGUUUUGCGACAACUAAGAAGUGUUUUGCGACAACUAAGAAGUGUUUUGUGACAACUAAGAAGUGUUAUGGGACAACUAAGAAGUGUUUUGCGACAACUAAGAAGUGUUUUGUGACAACUAAGAAGUGUUUUUGCGACAACUAAGAAGUGUUUUGUGACAACUAAGAAGUGUUAUGUGACAACUAAGAAGUGUUUUUGCGACAACUAAGAAGUGUUUUGUGACAACUAAGAAGUGUUUUUGCGACAACUAAGAAGUGUUAUGGGAUACAUUACUACAUUGACUUUUGUGUUCCUCAAUUUUGAUGAAUUGUGGGAGAUGAAUCGUACUUUAUUCGAAUGUGGUUUACGAAAAUCAGUAGAGAUGAAGGAUGGCAGAGUGUACGACAUUACGUCGACAUUGGAAAAGACAGUUAAACUGAGCAGCGCCAAAGUUAAAUGCAAACACCGCGACAGAUCGUUCAAAGUUCAACAAUAUUCGGACAGCCACGUACAAUUCAAGCACCCGGCCUCUGCCGCACAGAACCCGAACAGCAAUAUUUCAGCAUCUAUAAAAACAUUGACUAUUUUUGUAGACAUCAACAACCACUCAGGUAAAACAAACAUGCACAGAAUGGCUGAGAGUCAACAGCUUGAGGAUGUGCCACGUGAAUUGGCCGGUGUUGCGCAAGGUCAAACUCAAAGGCGAAGCAACACUCGAAGGGGAAGUAACGAGCGAAAGUCCUACACCAUCGUAUUCAUAAAAAAAAACACUAGAUCUUUGGAUUCACUGAAAUUAUCAACAACUUAGUACAACACAGCUGUAAAACAACAAGGAGUCACCAGAUCGCUGGAAAUAAAGUGGGAAGAAAACAGAGGCAAAAUUCUUGCAGAACUGACUAUGAACAGGACAAAGAAGAACACAGGUGACGCAAAGCCAAUGAAACAAAGGGAGAGGAUCGCUAAGGACAGGUCCUCAUGCACUGAUAAAUACCCUCUGCCUUCCAAUCUUUUACUCGCCAAGUUUAAACUACGGAGAGCAGCAGGAAGCAAAGUGUCCAAACUUUGGUUAAAAAGUAAUGAAAUUGAAAAUUGAAGCAUGCUAUGGCGCAGAAGAAGCUGCAAAAUUUAAGGGAAGCAGCUACUGGUUCCAGAGAUUCAGAGAAAAACACAACACAUUACUGAGGAGAAGGAUCAACUAGUAAAAAAAAAAAAGACUGGGCAGAAGAUGGCCGGGAUACGAUCCAGAAAUUCCAAAAGGAUUUGAGGAAAGCCUCGAAAACACAAAGGAGAAGAAACAAGUCUUAUACAGUUGACCCAAAGAAUGCAAGAUUGAUACCUUAAAAUAGAUAUAAUAUCGACCAGGUAGGUUCCUGUCUCAUUUGUAAACGAGCAAGAUAAAACCUACGACACAUUGGGUGCUAAGCAAGUGUGCGUGUCACAACCAUCUUUUGGUUUAAAUAAACGAUAGGCUACUCUACAACUUUGUAUCGGGGCUGAUGGGGAACAAAAUGUGAGGCCAGCUCUUAUCUUCAGAGGAAAAGGGCGUGUGACCACUGAGGAGAAAGAAAAGUAUGACAAGAGAGUUGAUGUGUAUUUCCAGCAAAAUGCCUGGAUCGAUGAAGAGAUCAACAUGCAGCGGGUUCAGGGUACACUUAUUCCAGAAAUAGAGAAAGACAAACAGGAAAAAGUCCUACUUGCAAACAAUGUCGGCUUCCAGCAAAGUCAACAAUUCCAUGAAACAUGCAGAAAUCAGAUCAACACUACAGUUUACAUGUUGCCUGAAAACCACACUGACAAAAUCCAGCCCAUUGAUGCAGGACGUGGUCGGUUGAUGAAAGGCAAAAUUGGUGCAACAAUGGAAACAUGGCUGGAAGAGGAGAACAAUCUCGAUAAAUGGCAGGAUAGACUUUCAGCAAAGGAUAGAAGAAGACGGAUUGCGCCCACGAUUCGCUUUCCUCAGUCCGUUUGGAUUAAACGUGGGUACUCUUAUUUGUCUGCUCCGGAUCUUCAUUCUGACAUUGACAUAACGAUUUUCAUGGAUGUGCAAUCUAACCCGGAUGUGUCUCUCGAUGAUGACUCAACCGCCUCAAAGGUUUGAAAGAUUACCCUGCUAUAGCAGCUAGUUUACAGAGGGGAUAAUGAUGUUGUUUGUGUUUGUGAGACCUGGCUCAAUGACUCUGUCAUGGACUGUGAGCUGCUUUAUGGCUACUCUUUCUAUCGAAGGGGUAGAGAAGGACGCGUCGGCGGCGGUUUAUUGUUCGCUAUUAAAACUGAUCUACAGCCUUUAAAAUUUAAGCUGUCUAAGUCUGUUCGCGCUACACCUACGAUUUCAAACGCGGGAAUUUUCAAGAUAUUUGCAGUCUCCUGUCACAAACCCCUUUGGAAAUUGCACUUUCUGGAGGCUUUGACGAGAGCUGAGCUUCAUGAAAGGAUUUGUUUUUGUCAGCUGUAGACCAAUGUACACCUACUAAGUCUGUAAAAGAUACUAACUCGCCUCCCUGGAUAGACAGUGAAGUUCGCCAUCACAUUCCUAACAAAUAUGGGGUUCUGAGGAAAUAUCGCCUAAAUAAGUCCGAAGAUAACAAUCUGAAACUGCGCUCCUUGAGUCAACAUGUUAAGUACCUGGUUAAAAGAAAACAUCGCCUUUAUUUGGAGAAAAUUGAAGGCGCAUUUUCUGAGAAUCCAAAAUUCUUUUGGAGUUAUCAUAAAGCCGUUCUGCACCACCGAGCCAAACCAAAUUCAGUGAUAACCUAUAACGGCAUAGAGGCUACGACCCCAGCUGAAAAGUGGAUCUUUCAAAUUCUUAUUUUUCAUCCGUCUUUUCUCCUCCGAGUCCCGUUGUAAACAACGAUAUUUCCGCUCUUUCAGUGCACCAGUUAUGCAAAUAACGAAGUUGCAAAUUGUUUAGCUACUUUGGUUACCUCUAAAGCGUGCGGCUCCGAUAACACUCCUCCAGCCUUCUAAAAUAAUGUAGCAAUCAAAUUGCACCUAGUCUUUGUUCAGUUUUCAAUCUCUCCUUACGAACUGCUCGCAUACCGUCUGAAUGGAAAUAAGCCAAUGUCACACCGGUACGUAAAAAGAACUCUAUGAAACCGGCUGAAAAUUCUAGGCCUAUUUCCUUGUUAUGUACUCAAAGCAAAGUCCUGGGACGCUGUGUCUGUAUUAAACUUUACGAUUAUGUUAAACAAUACAUCAGGCAUCUCCAGCAUGGCUUUUUGCGAAAUUGCUCCUGCGACACACAGCUGUUAUCUGUUCUUAUUACCACUGGUCAUAACCUGGACAAAAAUAUUUAAACAGAUGUUAUCUACCUGGACUUUGCCAGCUUUCGAUUCCGUCGAUCACUCAGUUUUGCUUCAAAAGCUCAAACGAUAUGGUGUGGAAGGCGACACGCUUUCCUGGUUUACAGAUUACCUAAGUUGAAGAUCUCAAAGGGUCAUUUUGGAUGGUGUUGCCUCGCAGUGGGUCCCAGUUACAUCAGGAGUUCCUCAGGGCAGCCUACUUGGCUCAUUUCUAUUUUUUUUAAUUAAUGAUCUGCCAGGUGUUCUACCGGAAGGUACUCAAUCUGCUCUCUGCGCGGACGACACUAAAGUCUUCAGUUCCAUCUCGUCUAUAGCAGAUUGUGAACGACAACAACAAACUCUGAAAAACCUUAAUUCCUGGACUCACGACAAUAACAUACGAUUCAAUGCCUCUAAAUGCAAAGUUCUAACUAUAACGCGCAAGAAAAAGCCUUUACUUCAAGACUUUUUCUAGGCCCUGAAAAAGUACUGCACGUGCGUAAGGAGAGGAUCUGGGUGUAGUUAUCUCGGACAAACUUACCUGGGACUCCCAUGUACACUUGAUUACAGCAAAAGAAAACAAAAUUUUAGGUCUGCUAAAGAGAUCAUAUCCCUUGUUAACUAAAGUGGCAGUAAGGUCCUUGUAUUCAGCGAUUGUGAGGCCUUACCUUUGUUAAGGAACUGAAUGCUGACAUUUUGCUCUCUCAGUUUGCUUGUAGGAUUGGGAACCUUGGAGAGAGGGAGGGGGGGGGGGGCUGGUGCAUUAUGAAUUUGCUUGACUUUUGCUGCGUUUUCAGUUGUUCAUCACCAGAACUGCUACCCCUCCCCCCCUCUCCCCCAACGUAAUAUUAUUACCUUGAUUAAUGUGGCUAAGGUUAGUUCCAUCCAUGAAUUGAUUAAAACAUUCUGCUUGCACAUUGAUUUCAUCUGUUAGUAGUCUAUGCAGUAUUUAAUAUUUAGGAACAAUUUUCAGGCUGGUUUUGCAGAAAACACCCGAUUUAUAAGAACAAAAUCGGCCUGAACCACUAAAACACGUGUUCUUUUAAGCAAAGCCAAAAGUAAUCGUUACAAUUUCUUACUAAUAUCAUAACCUUUAUUCUUUUGUGUAUGUGUUAUACGAAGGAUUUACAGCUGUUUUUACAAAUCUUGGUAAGAGUGGAACAAAGGGUCCGGACUCAGUUGGCAGUCACUACACAGGUCAGGAUCAUGACGGACAAGUUACAGUGUCCAGCGGUAUUCAACUGUGGACUGUGCCGCACACUGGUGAAUACAGAAUAGAAACAAUAGGAGCCUCGGGGGGGUACAGUAAGGACAGUGUCAUCAACGGAGGGAGAGGGGCGCGGAUGAUUGGAAACUUUAUGUUGACCAAAGAUGAGAUCAUUCGUAUACUUGUUGGUCAAAGAGGACAAAAAGCGUAUUCUAACGAAAAAACUGGCUCAGGCGGAGGAGGUACAUUCGUAGUAAGAGGAGACAACAAGCCUUUGAUCAUAGCCGGAGGUGGAGGAGGAAUUGCAAAAAUGACAGAACAACAUUCAGGAUGUGAUGCGUCCAUAAACACAACAGGAAAUGCAGGGUAUAACUCGCCAUCCCUGUCUGGAGGAAGUAACGGAGAAGGAGGACAAACUUAUAAACUGCACUCUGGUAAGUGAAGAAUUUCCCACCCAUGGAUACUGAAUUUUUUUUUUUGCAUUCUACUGUCAUCCAUCAGUAUUUCGAACAAAGAUAGGAACUAAUCGCUCAAAUUUGGAUUUUUUUUCAGAAUUACUAAAAGCCAUGAUCUGUUAAGUUGCUAAGGUCAACAGUAAAUCUUUUGAUUUUAGGUGGUGCUGGCGGCGGCUUUUACAGUAAUGGAGAGGACUCAGAGACUUCUGGUCGAGGCGGAAAGGGAGGUAAAGGAUUUCUGGGCGGGGGAGAGGGGGGAGCACAUCAGGGUGGGUUCGGAGGUGGGGGUGGAUAUCAUGUAGGUAAAGAUUUGCCUGGGGGGGGUGGAGGGUACUCCGGAGGAAGGGGAGGUGCGAAUAAAGAUAUUUUCUGUGGGGGAGGGGGAGGGGGAGGUUCUUUCAACAACGGAACAAAUCAGCAAAAUGAAUGUUGUUAUAAUACUGCUGGACAUGGUAAAGUGAUCAUUACAUUUCUCCAUUGAAAUCCAUGGCAGAACUUUCCUUAGCGUGUAGUGGUAAUUCUGUUUUGAAGCGCUAAUUGAUGUUUGUUUUUAAACUCAAUUACUCGUAAUUUUUUUGGGUCAUUAUUUAGAUUUUGUUAUUAAGCUGUGUUACUGUAGGACAAACAGCGCAACUUGUGGUUCUAGAGGCGUUUACAUUUGAGGAUAGAAUUAAAAUUCACAAACAACAUUUGCUAGAAUGGGUGAGUUUAUUAAUUUUUACUGACCUUACUUUCUCCCCCGGGAGGGAGGGACGGGGGAGGGGAUGGGGGAGGGAUGGAGGAAUACUAAACAUGGCGCAUACGUUCUCAUUUGUAUGAUGUAUGAAUAUUUAGGUGAUAGAGAACAGUGAACAACAAAUGAUCCCACUUCUUUAUUCACACAAAUUCUUGCACGUUAAAAGCAUACAAUAUUAGGGCGAGGCAAGAUAAUAGUUUAUAAUCUCCUAGGUGAGGGAAAUGUUAGCUACAAAUUACUUUCACUUAUAGAAUAGAGAAGAUACAAAUGCCAGGACUGUUUAGACAUCAAAUAGCGGGCAUGGGGGGAAGUUAGUGAUGAUUAGUCAAAUAAUAACUGAGAAAUAAUUUUGUAGAGAAACAGUUGUGAACUCAGCUCUUCAUAUUGUUGUGUAUCUAAUUUCAAUGAAUACAGAUUUAACAAUGUAAAGGUCCAUUAUGUAGUCAAUCUUUUUUUCUUGAUCAGCUUAAAAGCAAAAUCGAUUUUCACUUAUGAUACAGCCAGUGUCACACUGCUUCCUUAAUUUUUUCCCGUUGACCUUCGAUAUUUUGCUGCGCAUGACACUGAUUGUAGGUGAUGGCACAUUCAAGUUAACGCAAAACUUAAUCUACUUGUUAUAUUUUUGUUUUUCUGCUAACAUCUAGAAGGUCAGUUCAGGAGGCUCUCGUGCUCUUUCACUCAAGGUGGAGUAAAGCGCUGUAGUUUUCACUUAGUUGGAAAGAACGAUUCUGCUUAAUAACAGUUAGAAAUAUAUUAAGAACAUUCUUUGCUAAUGGAUUGACUUAAAGUUCCCAAGAAUUGUUUCUAUGAGUUACAGAAUAGAACAAUCACUUUCCCUAUAUUGUCGGUCUAUAGUAUAGAUUUAUUAAACUCUAGUGAAACUCAAUAAAUUGAUAUCUGGCUGUCAGUAUUUUCUUCGUGUUUUUUAGUUAAGCGUAAAUUAGAAAGUCCUAUCAACUGAAAGCAAGGUUAAUUUGUAAAAGAACGAAAAAAUAUCCAUGUAUCUGACAGUAAAGUUCGUGGAUCCCCAUCUUAAAAAUUAUUUCUGUCCGAGCACGAUUUUUCACUUCGAAUGAUUUAUUUUACGCUCAAGUGUGGGCGAACGAGAAACGCGUGUAAACAUUUGGUAAAGAUUAUUAUUGACUGCCUCAUAAUUUGAACUCAUACGGACAUAAUUAAGCCACAAUAAAAAAAAAUACUCAGGAGGGACAUCUUCCUCCAUUUAUUCAAAUUUUAGGCCAUUGACAUUGACAUUGAGUGUCACCAACCAACUGGUUCCCAAGGAAACUAAUUCAGUUGUGACAACCAUUGAGAACCUCAUAAUCUGUCAAAGGAGGCGAUGUAUUUUAACAAAUAUCAAACUGCAGCUGUCUCAUUUCGCCCAAUGUUUCCCUCAAGGAGGAAAAACUAACUAAUAGCUAUUCGUUGGAAUUAUAACGGGCGUUAUUUCUGAGGACAUACUGUCUGUAUUCUACUGUUUCGUUCUCACCGUUGAGAGAAAGAGGAAGUAAAAAGAAUUGUGACAAUCAAGAACAGUUUAUUUGAAUAGAUCAUUAUAUAAUAUUUUUCUUUCCUUGGAAGCUAGGAGCCUUUUAUCUCAUUACUUCUUCUCUUGCUUUCAUUAGUCUCCACAAUGAUAAUGAAUCCAUUUACACUGCAUCAAGAAAAGUCAACGUAAACUUGAUACUUUUGUUUUUAAAACUUGCGAGAAAAUGGAUAAAAACCGAGAAAUAAAACUAUAGAAAAAUUGACAUGUCACCAUUCGCUGUGCAUGGCAGACAUAUUCUAGGGAAAGAAAUAAAACUUUAAAAAAAUUGACAUGUAAAACAUAUUUUAGGACACCCUAAAUCUAUGGAAAAUAAUUCAAUACUCGCAUGAUUUUUGUCUCUUAAAUGAAAAAAAGGGAAAAAAGAACUUGCUAAAUUUAAGAGUAAUUCAUCAAAAAAUGAGUCACUACUUAACUGAAUUGCAAGAAAGAAAAUAACCUCUUAUGAUGCAGAAGUUUAGAUGCGGCAAAUGUUUCGUUGAAAAUCAAUCUGACUAAGAUGGUGUAAUUUAACCAUCAAUAAUAUUGGUAAAGAUCUUCAUAAAAGUGACAAAUUUGUACUGUGGACCGUAAGGUAGGGGGACCGCUUUUCUUGGAUCAGUAAUCUCGUUUCCCUUCCCAUCCUUGUUAGUCACAGCAGUUUGUCCAAGCUUUUGGGACCACAAUCCACUUUGAUCCAAGCGGUAACAGUGAUAAUCUACACCUGAAAAAUAUGGAAACGAUGGCGAAAAAGAAAACUACGUGGGGCAAAUUACAUCAGCUCCAAACCAGGGACAUCUGGUGUGGUAUGAAAUCAAGAUUGUAAUACCUUAUUACGAACUACAGGCGGGGGGAGGGGAUGCUUUUCGGUGGAAAGAUAGAGGUCUGAGGGUCAUCAAAUUCUGCUGUAGUAUUCGUCUCUCUUAACCUUAUUCUAACUCUAUUUCACACCGAAAACUAUAUCUAGACUUGACCCAGCAAUUUCACCUUAUUCAGUCAUCUCUCGAAGAUACCUUUAUCACAGCUCAAGAUACGCUUUCAUUUCAUCGUUUAUCGAACUUCAUUUGAGACCAGUGUUUCAAUAUCAAGUCGUAGAUUCGCCCAAAGAGAACAUAAAUCCUUUGAAAGACUGCCGGUCGCAUGAGGUCACUUGAAAGACGAAAAGACUAGUCAGUGAUAAAACAAUUAGUCGAUCUUGCAUUUUCAGGCUCCGUAUUUCUUUGUAGCAUAAUGUUCUGAUGAGCUAGUGUCUCCUGUUGAAGUCCUAAAUGUAAUAACAUUUGGUACUAAAUGUAAUAAAGUGCUAAAUGUAAUAACGUUUGGUCCAAGAUGUAAUAAAGUCCUAAACGUAAUGAAGUGCUAAAUGUAAUAACAUUUGGUCCUAAAUGUAAUAAAGUCCUAAAUGUAAUAACAUUUGGUCCUAAAUGUAAUAAAGUCCUAAAUGUAAUAACGUUUGGUCCAAGAUGUAAUAAAGUCCUAAAUGUAAUAAACCUCCAAUGCAAUCGUUUAACUGCACUAGUGCGCUGUUGUUAGAGCAGACAUCCACAUUGAGAUGUUAAAGUGACAGCUGUUGCACUAAAAUAUCCUCUGACCAAUAUUCAUAGCAUACUGCGGACUCGCUGAUAUUUAUCAGCGCCUUUUUAUUUGCUAAAGACUUAGGUUGGGAAGCAUUGGCUACAAAACCUUAUACUGAUGUGCUUUUGGCAUCAAAUUGGCACACGCAAAAACAAUGAGAACGCUGACCAAUAGCUCUCUUUAUAUCAUCGACUCGGACUCUUUAGUGUAACACAUUUUGACGAUAUACUCGUGUGAUCAGUGCUGAGGUUAACACUUCAUGAACCGAAUUACGUGAGAAAGGACGUACACUGACCUAUACGUCUGACAAGUUCCGGGCUCGGGAGUGCAUUUUUUUGUACUUUCUUCCCUUGCCAGAUUUGUAUGUGUCUGCAUGAAAUAUAUUCAUAUGCUUAUUGACCAGGCGUGAGGUCAAAAUGGCUGGAUAUUGGCCUAGUUGGCUUUCUUGAACUCCCCUCCUCGGUCGCACAGGAUUAUUUCUGGCGAUCCAUGCUCCAUAUAAAUAGAUUCCGAUUCACUUGUAAUAACCUGGCUUAAUUUGCUUUCCAAAGGACGAAGCCAAAGGAAACGGCUAAAAGCAUCAAUCACUGUUAGAACGUAUCUGUAAAAAUGUCCAUUCGUCUUCACGGAUCAUUUUUUGCUCACAUCCAUCAAAUCUAUUGGGUGCCUAACAUUAACGUCUGUGGCUCUGAUAGGUUUCAGCUUCGCCCUAUUAGGACACUUAGCAUUUCGGCGAUAAUGACUUUUGUCCAUGUUUAGAAUAGUUUGUAUUUUAGCUCGGCUUACUCUUAAAAAGUUGUUCCUCAGUGAGCAAGCUAACUUCCCUGCACCAGAUCCUUUCGUCCUUUCAAAUUCCUCAACCCCUACUUUGUUAACCUCUGAUGAUUUUAACAGUCGACGCCCCUCGUAAUAUAGUGCCUUAUCACUAUGGUCUUCUUUCACUGAUAUCCUUCCGCCGGCUCUCCAGUGUCGCACAGCAGCUGCACGCAUUGCUUUCGUCCCUUCUUUCACUGGUGGUUGCGCCUUGCCUUCAACAAGGUCGAGCAGGGCUUCAUAAAUGUCGUCCACUAAAAAAGAAAACUGCCGGAAUAUUUCACAGGCGCGUGAAAUGUUUAUCAGUCGGAUCCGCACUCAAGAAUUUUUCCAUACUCAAUUCAACCAAUCGAUUCAACGUUGCUGGGCAAAUCUUUUUGUUACUGCCAAUUAUUUUGAAACUGGAAAGUUAUGCUCUUUACGUACAUGUCAUUCUCAUAGUGCUGAUUCAGUGAAAGAAAAGUCCGUUUCAGAGUCAGGUCAUGCUGUUUUAUCUAAUGUCUGAUCGUUAAGGAUAUCAGUGCGUCGACCAAACCUUGUUUCCUUUUUCGUUCUUUUUUUCUUUUUUUUUUUUAAUUAUUUAAAUCAAUUAGUAUACCGUUAAAAAACGGCUCACACGAUUAGUUUCACUCACAUCUCAGAGAAAGCAAGGGCACAAAUUUUUGCGUGAGUUUUUGAGGACCGGGACAUCAUUUACAGCCUUCAACAUAAACGACCAUUUUUAAUGUUCAUCAUAUCUCACUCGUGUGACUGUUUCCGGCCUUAUAUGAAACGUAAUCGAGCAACAAGUAAGCGCUAAAAAGACCUGUUGCUUAUUUCGAAUUACAGUAUGUAAGUCACUGAGUAUAUGAUUCGAUGCAGACACAUGUAAUACCUUAUUCGUUUUUCGGAUUUGUUACAUGCAUUUCAAGAUAAAGAGAACAUAAUUGUCCCAGUUAUGUUCUCUUGGGGAAAAAAUGAUUUGUCCAUAUUCAUAUACCCAGCCAGAUAUCGAGAAUUUGAAAGUAAUAACUCUCUAGAGUGCUGUCACGAGGUCCGAUUUGGUAAACAAAAGGUACAUGCUAACAAGGUCUAUGCAGGCAUGGAAAGACAAAUAAAUUGUACCCGAGCCUGCAAAUUGUCCGGCCUUUUAGUCAGCGGACUCCUUUGUCCAAGUUUGUAAUUUGGUUUAUGACUUGUUAAGUCCAUCACUGAUCACACAAGUAUAAUGUUAUCAUAUUUUUCCAAAAUUUAUUGUACUUAAGAGUCUGAGCCAGUGAUAUAUGGAGAGGUUUUAGUCAGCGUACUCAUUGUUUUGCCAGCUGUUAUUUGAUGCCAUUUUUUCAUCAGUAUAACGUUUGCGGCCAAUGCUUCUCGAAUUAAUUCUAGCAACUAAAAAGACGCUGAUCGAUAUCGUGUGACAUGUAUAUUGGUCAGCGGUUUUUCGGUGCAGAAGCUGUCACUUCAACAUCUCAGUGUGGAUGUCCGCCAUAACAACAAUGCAUUGAAGGAGUUAAACGAUUGCAUUGGAGGCUUAUUACAUUUAGGACUAAAUGUUAUUACAUUGGAGGGCGCAAGUCAUUCAUGUACGAAAAUGUACGAAUGACACUUGAUUACAUGAAAAACCAGCUUCACCUCACAAUCAAAGGAUAAAAAAUAAACUUGAGAAUAAGAAACAAAAUUCCCCGUCAGAGCCAACCCCAAAAUUUCGUAACAGCGACGUGUUUUGGUAAAACGGUCGUCAUUAUUUGACGCUCAAGUGUGGGCGAACGAGGAUCGCGUGUAAACAGUUGGUAAAGAGUAUUGAUGGCUGCCUCCUACGUCGCACUCAUACGGACAUAAUUAAGCCACAAUAAAACAACACAUGAAGGGCUUCUUCCUCUAUUUUUAUUCAAAUUAUGGGCCAAUGACAUGCAUUAAGUAUAAUCACUGAGAACCUCAUAAUCAGACAAAGGAGGUGACUGCAACUGUCUCAUUUCGCCCAAUGUUUCUCUUAAGGAGGAAAAACUCACUAUAGCUGUUCGCUGGAAUCAUAACGGGCAUUUUUUCUGAGGACAUGCUGUCUGUGUUCUCCUGUUUCGUUCUCACCGUUUUAGCUUCCCUAAUACCAGAAGGACAAGGUAAGAUUUUGCUAUACUCCGUUCACACCAAUGCUUAAAUAUAUUUUAAAACUGUUUAGUUAAACGUAGUUGGAAAUGGUCUUCUUAGCAGCUGCUUAAACCGAUGUUUUUCAACUUCAAAUUUUGCAGAAUGAAAAUAAGAUUGGUGUUUACUUCAAAUCAAAUCAAAAUUCAAAUCUCUGUUUUAAUUUAACUCGGUUGAUAUGGUGAAUGGGGUAUUAGUAGUUGACUAAGAACUAUUUCAAUGUUUUCUUAAUCAUCAUAUAACUUUUUCAUUAUCUUUAUCUACAUAACUAAGCCUUGAAAUAUUCACAUAAGCAUCUCCUAUUGGUACUUACAACAAUGAUUAUUUUUUUCUUUUACAUACCUGGAGUGGCAUAAGACAACCAAAUAUUUUAAAGGAGGUUUUUAUUUUAUUUUGCAGCAUAUUUUGAAAAUGAAAAAAUUGAAAAAAGUAAAGUUCAUAGAACAUGGUUUUUGGGCUGAGCCAAAAGGGAAGGUUUACUUUGAAUAAACCGCCAGUCAUUGUCUCAACAAUGAUCAUUCCGCGAACCGCGUUUAAGUUUGGACAUUUUGAUCCUACACGAUGGAUAAAAUGACUACUGGCAGAUCUUUUUGGCUGUUUGGCUUCAAAGUUGAUGUAAAGGCUGUUUCCAUUUUUCAUAAAACGUCAAUCGAGGGGUUCAUGUACUUCAGGGAGCUAGCAGAAGAAAGGAGUAAGUUACUAUCGAUCCACCGCAGAAAGAAAGUUUAAAAUUAACCUGCGAAACAAUUUCACUUCACCCGACCAAAGCAGGUGAUUUUGACAGAAAAAUCUGCUAAAUAAACUUUACGCAGUCUUGCGUGAUCGUUACGGAGACUGAUGGCAAUGAUCGAGUCAUUUAGCUCCUUAGGGUAUUUUAGGUUCAAAAAUAUACUUUCAGCCUUUAUAGUGCACGAUCCAGCGCGAGUGUGCGAUCAUGAAGAUUCCCUACUUGGAAAUUCUCCACAUUUAUUUAAAUGAUCUCACCACCACCGUUUUUCUCUUUUGACUGAUCGAAUUUAUUAAAGAGCGGAAACUUGAAGAGGCACCUAAAGGAAAUUUGUUUGCAACUAGUCAGAAGCUUUUUGAAAUGGUAAAAUAACUAAAAACAAGCGGGGCAGUAUUUUCUUUCAUAACAUUACCAGAAAUUCGAGUAAUAGAUCAUGUUUCAAGCCGAACGGCAUUUAUAAUUAAAUGUUGCAGAGCACUGUACGGCGUUAAGAAAAAUUCUUAAAUACCUAAGCUUUCCGCGAAGAUAAUCAUCUUUCCAAGUUCUUAGAAGUUAGAAAACAAUCCUUAAAACGGUUUUAGCUUUAAGAUUUUCGAAAUUAAAAUUUCGGACAAAUUUUCGUAGCCAAAAAACCAUUCAAAACAGUUAUUGACUUCUUGUUUAUCCAAGCAAAUUAGUAAGUGUGGUGUCCCCCAAGGCUCUAUUGUUAGUCCUUUAUUGUUUAUAUUAUAUAUAUAUGAUCUUCCCCAUGCAUCUAAAUUAACAAAGCCUCUGCUUCUUGCUGAUGACACCAGUAUCUUCUAUUCUCAACCAGAUCCCGAUUAUUUAGAGUCCGUUCUCAAUGAUGAACUGUACAAUCUUGACAUUUGGAUGAAAUGCAAUAAGCUUUCGGUAAAUAGCAAGAAAACAAGUUACAAUAUUUUAAAAUAUUUUUCCCUAUCCUUUGGGAAGCAGACAAUGAAACAGUACCAACCAACUUAAAUAUAAUUUCUUAUUUACAAAAACGUGUUGUGCGAGCUAUUACCAACUCAGACUAUCGAGAACACACUGCCCCCAUAUUUGCAAAAUUGGGCGUCAAUUGCUAUCGACCACAUAACUGUCGUACUAAUCAUAAACGAUUUACAAUACUCUACCAAGGUCCUAAAAUUUGGAAUUCUCUUCCAAUAUCGAUCACUGGUUUGACUAGCUUUUUGAAAUUGAUUUUUUAAAGAAAUGAAUCCGAAUUGGCCAAGCCGCACAUCUACAACUUCAUUACAAACAUAUUUACAACCGAGGUGGCCUCUCCUAUAAGUUUGGUGGUUUCUUGGAGGUCUACUCGCCCCACCAUACUGUAAAACCAGUUUAAUUAUUAUAACUUAAGUGGCUAAUAAAGCCAGAAUAGAAAAACGCACCAAGGACAUCUUCCCUAAAAUUAAAAUUGAAGGCUUUUAAUACGCAUUAUGUAUAAUCGCCAACCAGCGACAUCCUAGGGAAAUGUAAGUGUAGUGUUACUCCCAAAAACGGGCUUUUCGAGCCAAAUUGGGUGGCUGCGAGGGGGUGCGCAAUCCUGUUUGAUCAGAACGGAGAUUAUUGAAAAUUUAUUCGGUUCUAAGUCUAUUUUUUUAAGUGCGAGAAGAAAAAUAGUGAAGACAAUCCGUCCUGCAAACUAAGGUCGAAAUUUUUUAAACAGUGACCUCAGUACGUUUUAUUGAUCCCAAUGCGGUUAGAAUACGUGAUUAAAUGCAAGUUUUUUACAGGGAAAUGACACGUGAUGGAGCGAAGUCUAAUUUGACAAAAUGGAAUUUGAAUGCUGGAACACAAUUCAAGCACGUGAAAAAUUGUCUUAUGUUCAUGUAGUCAGUAAUGAUUGGAUGUGUUCUGAUUGGACUUUGGACGUUGUUUUCAUCAUGAGAGUACCAGUACCAGUGGUACGUAAUGGAAUGUAAGUUUUUUGGCGUGUGUGUUGUGAGUAAAGGAGCGGAAAAAACAUGUUUUACCUUAAAAAUGAUACAAAUGAUGCGAACCUUUCAUAUCCCAAUAAAUCUCGACCUUAAUGGACGAGGCUCUCGCGAAGGUCACAACCAUAAUACUUAUCAAAUAAGCACAAAAUUUCUGGUCAACGUCAUUCUUUGUGCACGGCCCCUGAUUACAUCACAUUAUUUACAAGAAAUCAGUACCGAAACGCUGUGAUUGGUGCAAGGUAUCCAAAUGCUGUGAUAUGAUUGGUGCGAGAUACAUACCCCAAUGCGGCAAUCUGAUUGGUACGAGAUACAUACCCAAAUGUGACGAUCUGAUUGGUGCGAGCAACAAACCACUCUCCAGGCUAACAUAGAGUUAUUUUCUUUAAUAAAACAUAGACAUGCUAUGCAUGCAAGAGUUAUUUUUUGGGGUUGGGUGGAUUACUUGAAACAUUGUGAGUGAUGUCUACAUUCUUACAAAAGGAAAGAAGAGUAUUAACGCGGAAAAGAACGAAAAUGUCAAAUUAUCUUACACACAGGUAUUUUGUGGUAGAUUGUGUGUUGUGCGAAUAACUGUAACCAAAAAUAGACUGUAUUGGUGCCACGGAUACCUGUUAGUACAAAAUACAGACUACAGAGUGGGUACAAAAUGCAGACUGAGAAUCUAAAGGGUUUUCUCGUCUGGUAUGUGAUAACAUGUCAUCUUACAACUUACCGGGCGUCACGCAAUCGCUUUUCUACGAUCAGCUUUCACGAUUAUUUGCACUAUUUUGGAAUAUUCCUGGCCCAUUUCUUGAUGAAAAUCGAUUGUAAUAUAAUUUCAAGCCUUCGCAUAGUCUUCUCAAUUUGCGCACGAGUUGGUUGGUAUAAUGUCUGUACAGAUUUUACCAACGUACUAAAAGUAGAUGUAGAUGUAGAUGUAACGAGAUGUCACUAUUGAAUAGUUAGCACGCGCAGCAUUCGAGAAACAAUUGGCAGCUUUGCACGUGGUCCUUAAUAUCAUCUUUUUAAGCGGUAUGUGUUUAUUUUGUUGAAAAAAUGCGGACUGAGACCAAAACUGUUCCUUCGACUUGAUAUAUUUUCGAUGUUAGUAGAUCACAUCAUAUUAACUUACCUCCGCAAAUCAUUCAUUCCAGAUAACAAAAUCAAAUAAAUAUGCUAACGAUGAUAUGAAUUCGUCCUCGGCCAAACACAAACGACUCCACAAGGUCACUUUCUCCAGACAUCGAAAAAAUACACAAAACUGUCCAUAGUUAAUUUUAAUCAGACAUUCAUCUAGAGAUGGCUCCGAGCAAACCAAUCCAGAAAAAUAUAAUCGGCACACUCAACAAAUCAUGAAUUUUGCAACACAGAUUGCCGUUAAAGAACUGCUCAAAUCAAAACGUUUCGUGCAAUUCAUCAACACCUCAAGCAAUAUUUGAUUCAAAAUUUUUCCACUUACUCUCCUCGUGAAGAAACAAUAACCAUGAUCGUGCUACAGUACACAGAACUCCAUUUUACCUCGACUAACUAUUCACCAUUUUCACAUCUUGAGCUUGAAUAACACGUUUACCGUAGGUAAUCUUAUAUCUUUCAUCUGUCCAGUAGUAUCGCAUUUCUCAUAAAGUGCGGUAAAAUACACGUUAAAAACACAGAAAAGGCGAUAUUUCUCAUUUUAAUCGAUGAUUCCAUUUUACGAACCGCUCUCUCCGAAUCCCCCAUUACAUCGUUGAAAUUUGAACACCCCUCAAACCAAAGAACAAAAACGACGCUCUGAUUGGUGCGAGAUACAUACCACUCUCUGUACGCUAACACGGAUGUUAUUUUUCUAAAUAAAAAGAAAAUGACUAAAAAACUCAAAAAUGAAUCUUUGAUAAUAUUUCUCGAAUACUAGUCCACCAGAUUUUGGCAUCGAUAGAUCGAUCAAAAUAGCUGAGAUCAUAAAGAGGGAGAUAAAAACUGCAUUGAUUAGUCGGAAGAUACGUUAUAAACAAUCGACUGGUGUUAAUAAAGUAAUUGCAAAGCCAAAAGCCAAAGCAAUAAUUUAGAAGAAAUAGUGCUCCACAGUUCGAGUUUAAGAGAGUUUCUCAAUAUUGCACAGCAACUUUCCAAAUGUUUUAUAAUUGUUUUCCAGGUAGCUGCCGCAGUUUAUUGUUUGCCACUUUUCCUAAACCUGGCUUCCGGUUGGAGAAUCACACGAUUCGAACUAUCGACGUUAUCAACGAGGAUCUCUGCAUGUUCCAGUGCUACCUGGAACCUAACUGUGUUAGUUAUAACUUCCAUAAGAUAAGUCAGGAAUCUGGAAAACACAAGUGUGAGCUGAAUAACGCGACUAUUGAACAUGAUGAGGGCCUGCUGAAAAACGAAAGUUACAUUUACCGCGGAGCAGAGGUGAGGAUGAAUUCUAUGAGGGAAAAGUAAUACUCUUUGUCCGGGAAAGCUCUGAUGUGAAAUCAAGGGAUAUCCUGGCCUCUCCUACUAAUUUAAAUAACCCUCUUGCAACGGGAAUAACUGUAACGCGAACAUCCACGUAUAUCACCAACAACCUUGCGUGAAAAGAGUGCAACAAAAGCGCUCGCGAAAAACAAAUCAAGAGUACACUCGAGGACCACGAAGGUGGAUGGGUGGAAUCAACAAACAUCAUAAACCUAGCCCAAAAAAUGGAACUGCAUGGGUGAGACAUACGCACACCAUUGUAAUUGCGGACGAUAAACACACUAGAAAGGACUUGUUAGCCUGCCAAAAUAUCAUUAUAAGUUUCUCUAUUCCUUUCCUUCCUAAGAAUGCUUGUAAGAAAAAUCCUUGCAAGAAUAACGCAACAUGCCAAGCUGGAUUUACAGACAGAGACUAUCAGUGUUUGUGUGUUGAUGGAUCUGGAUUUAAAGGCCAUGAUUGUGAUGAGGGUAAGGAAUCGUAUACUUUCAUUAGCAUAGCUAAUGACAUGAUUUCGAGUGCAGUUUGGGAUAAAUCAGCCCGAGUAAAUUUUUCAAAGGCUAACCAAAUUGCACGAGCCCGUACGCCCGUAGUCUUCUGCGUCUUUCGCACGAAAUGUUGCGCUAGUUUAACUCCUCGCUAUUCAGGGCGAUCGCUGUAAAAUUUCAUAGCCGUUUCUGGAAGCCAGCCUUUUAACCAGUUGUUUGUUGGAUGUUUUUAUUCUCCCUAAAACUCUGAAUUAAAACAAUGUUGCUUUCUCCUCACCUGUCAGCCAUUUGGUUUUCUUCUACACAGUUUGGGAUUAAUUGACGUGUUCUCGGCCAAUGAGCAUGCUGAAAUUCUUGCAUGUGUUUUAUUGAAGAAACAUGAUGCACCGAUAAGUAACAAGUUUCGUUCGCUCCUCCUUUAAACUUGAUUUCUUUUAGGUGAUUGGGCAGACUUAUUUGAAAGGGAUAAGCACCAUCAAUCGCUAACAUCUCAAUAGUUUGAUAGUCACAGAACAUCACAGCAGAUAGCCUUGGCUUUGAAGUUUGCAAAAAGAAUGAUCUAGGAUAGCACAAGCUAUUCAAAAUACAAAAGACGAUUGAUAUAAAAAUUGUGUUGCUGGUCAUGGUUCAUUUCAGAACCUGGCUCAUCGCUUUUUUUUUUGUUUUUUUUUGCAUUGUUUUUACCUCAUUAAGUCUCAAUUUUUUCAAUCGCGUCUAAAGUUAAAAACAGAAAAACAGAGGUUUCCGGCUAGCGACAUCAAUCGACUUCGAGGGACGCCCUUUCGUUUCUUCUUUAACUUUUAGGAUUUUUUUCAAAGCCUGGCCUGCAUACUUUGCUAUCUUCUCCUGAGUAUUCUUCAUCUUACGUCUGUCGCUGAAGUUUUCUCAAAUUGCAUUUCAGCUGAUAGUCAAAUUGUAUUAAUUUUCACUCGGUCAACAUUACCGCUACGGUUCCUCGCUUCUCUCAUCCUCCCAACACCUAAAAAAGCGCCCAGUGGCCUGAAAUUGUGCUUUGCAUUUGGUGCAUUUCCACCUCUGACAUUUUGGAUUUCAUUGGGUCGUAACUGACUGAGUCAAUAACGUAACUGAAUAAAAUGGAAACCUUGGUAUUCUGGCGGUCACAGGAGGUGUUUGAGCCGUACUUUAACUUUUCGAUCCACUAAUGAAAUCAGCUUUUAGUGGCAUAUUCGGACAUUUAGUCCAAAUAGUUUUUAAAGAAUGGCUGUUUAUCAACGUUCUUUACAACCGCGGCGCUAAGUAAAAACAGUAUUAGCAAAGCCAAAAGUACUUGUAACAAUUUCUUACUAGUAUCAUAACUUUGAUUUUUAUUGCUUGUGUUUACGAAGGAUUUACAGCUGUUUUUACAAAUCUUGGUAAGGGUGGAACAGAGGGUCCAAACUCAGUUGGCAGUCACUACACAGGUCAGGAUCAUGACGGACAAGUUACAGUGUCCAGCGGUAUUCAACUGUGGAUUGUGCCACACACUGGUGAAUACAGAAUAGAAACAAUAGGAGCCUCAGGGGGGUACGGAGAAGACAGUGUCAUCAACGGAGGGAGAGGGGCGCGGAUGAUUGGAAACUUUAUGUUGACCAAAGAUGAGAUCAUUCGUAUACUUGUUGGUCAAAAAGGGGAAAGAUCAAAUUCUUACAAAAAUGCUGCCUCAGGCGGAGGAGGCACAUUUGUAGUAAGAGAAGACAACAAGCCUUUGAUCAUAGCCGGAGGUGGAGGAGGAGUUGCUAAAAUGACAGAACAACAUUCAGGAUGUGAUGCGUCCAUAAACACAACAGGAAAUGCAGGGUAUAACUCGUCAUUCCUGUCAGGAGGAAGUAACGGAAAUGGAGGAAAAACUGAUAAAUCGCACCCUGGUAGGUGAAGAAUUUCCUAUUUAUAACUGCUGAAUAUUCUUUACAUCCAUCAGUAUUUCGAACAAAGAGGUGUUACUGGUCGCUCAAAUUUGGAUUUUUCUCAGAAUUACUAAAGGCAAUGAUCUUUUCAGUAGCUAAUGUCAACUGUAAAUCUCUUGAUUGUAGGCGGAGGUGGCGGCGGCUUUUACAGUAAUAGAGAAGACACAAAGAUUCCUUUUGGAGACGGUGGAAGGGGAGGUAAAGGAUUUCUGGCCGGGGGAGAGGGCGGAGCACAUCAGGGUGGUUUUGGAGGUGGGGGUGGUUCUCGUUUUAAAGGUGAGAUACCUGGAGGCGGUGGGGGGUACUCUGGGGGAAGUGGAGGUGCGAAUAAAGAUAUUUCUUGUGGGGGAGGGGGAGGUUCUUUCAACAACGGAACAAAUCAGCAAAAUGAAUGUUGUUAUAAUACUGCUGGACAUGGUAAGGUGAUCAUUACAUUUCUUCAUUGA